AUGCCACCAAAAAGGAAGAGAUCAGUCGCGAAAUCCUCAAGAUCAAGAAAAUCUAAAGUUGAAUUAUUCGAUGAGCCACAGGACGAAUCAAUACCGCUCACUUGGUGGUCUUCUUCCGAGGAAAGAGCAAUAAUUCGGUUCCGAAACGGUAAUAUAUACGAGGGAAACAUUUCUAUGAAAGUCAUGCAUGGUGAAGGCUGCUUCAAAUGGGCUGAUGGAACUAUAUAUUCCGGCUAUUUUAAGGAUAACGAAAUGAAUGGAAGGGGUCUAAUUCAGUGGAAGGACGAUACGUGGUAUGAGGGAGAAUUCGCUGGAAAUUUACGUCACGGCAAAGGAUUAUACGUCGAUUCUCGUAAUCAACGCUUCUACAUUGGACAAUGGAGUAGCGGGUCGAAGCACGGAGAAGGAAUUAUACACUAUUCGCGAACAUUCAAAAAUACCUACGACGGUCAAUGGGUUUAUAACGUCCGACAUGGAUUCGGUUCCAGAGAAUACUGUCCUCUUAGCGGAUAUGAGGGGGAAUGGGAUUUUUACGUAAGAGAAGGUAAAGGCCUAAUGAUGUGGCCGAACCAUGAUUGGUUGAACGGCCAGCGCCAUGGAUGCGGCACCUUAGAUUUCGGUCUAGGUCUCGGAGCGCAUUACAGCGGGGAAUUUAAAAACAACCGCAAGCACGGCGCAGGAAUCCUGGUUUCUAACAAUGGCUACAUUCUGCAAAAUAAGCAGUUGUUUCAAGACGACAACCUCAGGGCAUUUGCUUCGGAAAACACGUCGGAGGAAAGGAAAGGCUUUAUGCUAAAAAACAAUUGCCUGGUCCAAAACCAGAUACCGUAUUGGCAGAUGCCUUCAGAAAAUUUAUGGACAAAGAUGUUUUGCCUGGAGUACGUCAACAAAAAGGACGACUUG